CGCGCCCCGCCCUCGCGGCUCGGCCCGGCCCGGGGGCAGCGGCGGCGGCGGGAGGAGCGGGGCCGGCGGCGGAGCGCAGCCACGGGCGCAGCCAUGGGCACGGUGCCGCAGCGCCUGCAGCGCGUCCUGGAGCGGCCCGGGCCGCUCGCCGACCUGCUGGGCCGCCUCGAGGCCCGCACCGGCGUCCAGCGGCUCUACCUGGCCACAGGCUCCGUCGCGUUCCUGGGGCUGUACCUCGCGUUCGGCUACGGCGCAGCGCUGCUCUGCAACCUCAUCGGCUUCGUCUACCCCGCGUAUGUCUCCAUCAAAGCCAUUGAGAGCUCCAACAAGGAGGACGAUACCACGUGGCUCACGUACUGGGUGGUGUACGGCGUCUUCAGCGUAGCCGAGUUCUUCUCGGACACUUUCCUCUACUGGUUCCCGUUCUACUACGCUGGGAAGUGCCUGUUCCUGGUGUGGUGCAUGGCGCCCGUGUCCUGGAACGGGUCCCAGGUGCUGUACCAGAGCUUCAUCCGGCCCUGCUUCCUCAAGCACCACCAGGCUGUGGACAACGUGCUCGGCAGCCUCAGCACCAGAGCCCUGGACGCAGCCUCCAUCGUCACCGGAGAAGCCGCCAGAGCAGCGCUGAGCCCGCACCGAGAGCCGCCGCGGCACCAGUGAGGCGGGACCCCGCUCCCGCCCCGCUUCCGGUUCCGGCCGCCGGGGGCGGGGGGGGGUGCUACGUAAUAAAGCCCCGGGGCCGCGGCGCCCCCAACCGCC